GCAACUAACAUACAACAGUAAAGCAACAAACAAACAGUCCAUAAUUCCUGUGGUGUCUUGAAUUCAUGAGUAAUAAAACCGGAACUUCCGCUGGAGCAAAAAGCAAACCAAGUCUUGACAGCGCUGUUGGUUGGGAUCAUCCCACUCUCACACUCGAUUCCCGGAUCAGUUCUCUCACUUUCAGACACAUUGUACGCUAUGAUUUUGAAUGCCAAAAAGGAGUCGUAUGAAAGAUGCUCGCCUCCGUUCGAAGAGCGAGUGGAGGAGGGUUCCUUCUCCCUCGACGCGGAGUGGCAAUUCCAACAUGACAACAGUCAGAUGAGAUACUUUGUGGAACCCGACAAGACACCAAAUUUUGACCUGAGGAACGGCUACAGUGACCGCGACAUACAGGGAGAUGAGAACUUCAUAAAAACUCUGGAACACAUCCUGCAAUGGAUCUUGGCCAACAAGUCGGAACUCAUGCAGAGGACGGCUGCAUCGUCCGUGUCGUCACCUUUAGCUGACUUUGACUUCGUCACAUCGCGAGGCCGUUUGACCAAAGUUUUCUGCACACCUUACGAUGAUGAAUUGGAGUGGUCGCUAGCCAUCACCAAGUUCCAAGGAGUAUUUUACAUCAACGAAGUGGAAACUGAAAGUGCUUGCUGUUACCGACAGAACCGCACCGAGAGUCACAAGGAGAAUAUGUACUGGGGGUACAUGUUUAAGCAGUACACGCGUGCAGAUGAAGUUGACGGCGUACCUGAUUCGACUGGCGUGGUCACCUACAAUGAGGCCUUCUGCAGCGUGGUCCGAACUUGUCUUUCGGACCACAGGCUGCUGUUCUCUGGCGAGGUGGACUGCCGGGACAGAGAGAACGCUGAGGCUCCUCCUGCUUGCUAUGUGGAGCUCAAGAUAUCAAGAGAGAUAAACACAGUCAAAAAGCGGAGCAAAUUCCACAGGUUCAAGUUGCUCAAGUGGUGGGCACAGUCCUUCCUCCUCGGAGUACCUAGCAUCGUGGUCGGCUUCAGGAAUGACGUAGGGCGUGUCUUGUCUGUGCGGACUUAUCGAACUACCGAAAUUCCACAGUUGGUUCAGGGUGAGUACAGGUCCUUGGCUUGGAAGCCAGAAGUCUGCAUGAACUUCUGCAGCGACUUCCUGUCUUUUGUCAAGCGUGUGGUGAUCGAAGACGACCCUCAUGUGGUGUAUCUGUUUUCCCGGAAAGCAGGCAGUAGCGUGACCUUCACUGAACACAGGAACUCUACUUAUUGCUUCCUGCCUGACUGGUAUGUGACGGAAAUGAGAUAAAGGGAGUCACACCACCUUCAUUUCAUAUUUAUUGAAACGAUGCAUGCUAAAUAGCAAAAUUGAACCGCCAUAAAAUUUGCUAUGCUUUUUGGCUUACAAGUGAAAGCAAUUUUCCCCAUAUGAAAAUGAUGUUAAGUGAAUGAAUUCCAGGAUGUCACUGCCGCAAUCUUAAAACCUUUAUUAACAGUACAAAUGUGUUUCACUGUCGCGUCAUUCGAAAAUGAGUUCACCGCUGCAUUAUAAAGCAAACGUAAAGUCAAACUACUCACCUGACAGAAACGUAUUGGAGAGAGAAUAGGAUGGUGUGAUGGAUUUUCAAACUGAACUGAUGAUGAAUUAUGGAAGUGUGUCUGUCAGAAGUUACCAUUUAGGUGACAUCGCUUUUAUUUAAUGGCUGUGGGGUUUUUGUUACGCUUUCAAUCUGUGUAUCAGUGUGUACGAUGAAAUAAAUAACUGGUGAGGAAA